AUGUCCGAUAAAAUACGACAGGAACAACUGUUCCAUAUAAUGAAGCAGAAGCACAUUGGGCUGGGUACUGAUGAUACCACUAAGGAUGAAUUCUUUACGCAAAUUCACAGGGAUACUUACAGCAGCAUAGUUAAUCAUAGUGCUCUUCUUGAAUAUACGAUGAUUAGCUCUCCCCAUGAUACCAAGGCAGAGACGAAAUUGCAGAUGAUUGAAAAGAUGUGCGUUGAUUAUACAAACGAACAUUAUUGA